AUGGUUCGGCUUGCCAUCUGUCAAAUAUAUUUUAUUCUAUUUUACUGCAUCCGUUUCUCCCUAUUUCUUUCACCUCCUCUUACUAAUUCCCACUUCAUUCAUUCAAUAUUAUUCACGUCUCUUCUCGCUGUUUUUUCUUUUUUUUUUUUUUUGAUAUUGUUUCUUUAUUUUCCUCUCACUUUUCCCCUUUUUUGUGAUAAUAUUUUUCUUCCUUUUUUCUGGCACUGUCUUCUUUUCUUUUCUUCUCUUCUCACUAUUUUCCCCUCUUUUUCUCAGUUUGUCGCUGUCCCUCUCACUGUUUUUCUCUCCUCCCACUGUUUCUUUUUUGAUAUUAUUUUGUCACUAUUCCUUUCUCUAUCUUUCACCAAACUCUUUCUCAUUGAUUUCACACGGUUUUUCUUUAACCUUUUUCAUUCUCUAACAAUUUAUCUUUCUUUGUACUUUCUAUCUCUCCAUUUUCAUAUUUCUUACACCUUUUUCAUCCUCUUUCUCUUACCUGUCUCUUUCUCUUACCUGUCUCUAUCGUUUUCAUCAAAUUCUUAA